AGAGAGAGAGAGAGAGAGAGAGCGUGCAGCACUCGUCUCCCCUCCCAGCAAUUGGGAGAGCAAGUCUAAAUCAUGUUGCAUAUCAGUGCUGUUGUGCUGUGAUGUUGCUCAGGCAGAGCCCGACGCAGAGCAGACAGCCUUGUGGACCAUUACUCAGACCCAGGAUCAGCCCAGCCCUUUCAGAACUGGAGACCCUCUCCCCGCAACAUCCCUCGCCUGCACCACGUGCCCACUUCAGUGACAUGUACCCUGAAGAGAGCCGGGGGUCUGGAGGGGUAGCCACUGUGGACUUCCUGGAAGGAACUUACGACUAUGCCGCCCCCACCCCUGCCCCGACACCUCUUUACAGCCACUCCACCCCUGGCUUCUACUCUGCUCCGCUAGACUCCCACAGACCACCCUCAGAUGGCAGCCUUCAGUCCCUGGGUAGUGGGCCUACCAGUCCUAUAGUGUUUGUACCCUCAAGCCCCCGACUCAGCCCCUUUUUGCACCCACCCAGCCACCACUAUUUGGAAACCACCUCAACACACGUCUACAGUGUACCAUCCAGUCAGCAGUCGGUUUCCAGAGAGGACCAGUGCGGCACCAGCGACGAGUCGUACAGUCUGGUGGAGUCGGGGGCCGGAGCGGGGGCCGGAGCGGGGGCCGGGGGCUUUGAGAUGGCCAAAGAGACGCGUUUCUGUGCCGUGUGCAGUGACUAUGCCUCUGGGUACCACUACGGGGUGUGGUCCUGUGAGGGCUGCAAGGCCUUCUUUAAGAGGAGCAUCCAGGGUCACAAUGACUAUAUGUGCCCAGCAACCAAUCAGUGUACUAUUGACAGGAAUCGGAGGAAGAGCUGCCAGGCUUGCCGUCUUAGAAAGUGUUACGAAGUGGGCAUGAUGAAGGGAGGUGUGCGCAAGGACCGAGGGCGUGUUUUGCGGCGUGACAAACGACGGUCUGACCUCGGUGACAGAGACAAGGCCUCUAAGGACCUGGAGCACAGGACAGUGCCCUCCCAGGACAGGAGGAAACGCAGCAGCAUCAGCAGCGCUUGUGUUGGAGGAAAAUCAAUGCUGACUAGCAUGCCCCCUGACCAGGUGCUCCUCCUGCUCCAGUGUGCCGAGCCCCCGAUACUGUGCUCUCGUCAGAAGCUGAGCCGACCCUACACCGAGGUCACCAUGAUGACCCUGCUCACCAGCAUGGCCGAUAAGGAGCUAGUCCACAUGAUUGCCUGGGCCAAGAAGCUUCCAGGUUUCCUGCAGCUGGGCCUCCAUGACCAGGUGCAGCUGCUGGAGAGCUCGUGGUUGGAGGUACUGAUGAUCGGGCUCAUCUGGAGGUCCAUCCACUGCCCCGGCAAACUCAUCUUUGCACAGGACCUUAUACUAGACAGGAACGAAGGCGACUGUGUCGAAGGCAUGGCUGAGAUCUUUGACAUGCUGUUGGCCACUACUUCCCGCUUCCGCUUGCUCAAACUCAAACCUGAGGAGUUUGUCUGUCUCAAAGCGAUCAUCUUGCUUAACUCAGGCGCCUUCUCUUUCUGCACAGCCACGAUGGAGCCCCUCCACGACACCGCAGCAGUUCAGCACAUGCUGGACACCAUCACAGACACUCUCAUACAUCAUAUCGGCCAAUCGGGCUGCUCGGUUCAGCAGCAGUCGAGACGGCAGGCCCAGCUGCUCCUCCUGCUCUCCCACAUCAGACACAUGAGCAACAAAGGCAUGGAGCAUCUCUACAGCAUGAAGUGCAAGAACAAAGUGCCUCUGUACGACCUGCUGCUCGAGAUGCUGGACGCUCACCGCCUCCACCGCCCAGACAAACCAGGUGAGCCGUGGUUCCCCGCUGACGGAGAGAUUCUCUGCACCACCAGCGACAACAUCUCUUCAGGCGGUUCCAGUUCAGGACCCAGAGUCAGCCAUGACAGCCCGAGCAGAGCCCCCACAGUCCUGCAGUAUGGAGGGUCCCAUUCUGAUUGCACCCACAUCCUAUGAGCCAGAGCACAGCAAGCAUCAUCUGCAGGUCAUAGAUAUGUGUAGUACACAAUGAGAGGGGCUCGGGAAUGAUAUACCAUCGUUUUAUUUUAAUUCAUUUCAUGAGAUAAUUAUUUAUAAAUUAAGUGAUUUUAUAGUUGUAGCUUUAUAUUUUUCCUUUGCACUACUCCAAUUCACUGCAAUAUGAGCAUCAAUGCAGUUAAUCUUUUACGCUGCCUUUCAUAAUAUCUGUGAUUCUGAGUCCAGCUUAUUAUUAUCAAACGGCAGGUGUGAGGUCGUUUUGUGACACUCUGUUGGCUUUGAAAUGAGGAGCAGCUAAUUCUUUUUCGUUUGCCUAGACCAAAGUGCACUUCCUCUGGGCUUUAAGGGGCUAUUGGGCUUUAUUUUUACUUUUACAUAAUAAGGAUGAUUAUGCACUUGACUAUGAUAAGACUGGUUAAAAUAACUAUAAUUUAUUUUGUGUUUAAAUUACAAUAUUGUCAAUGACUUAAAAUCAGGUAUUGUGUUUUCUGUUCACACACAAUUUUAAAAAUUCGAUAUAUUUUGAAAGAAAAUUAUUCUAAUGAUGAAAUUGUGAAAUGAUCAGUGCCGAAGGAUACAUCCGUUGAAUUUUGAAAAGCUAAAAAUUGCAGGAUCAAAUCCAAGAACACUGGUUACAUAAUGAAGGAAGCCGAGCUUUGUUAGAAGCGUCCCGCUGUCCACAGCUUCUUGUGUGUCGUUGGUUUAAUCUUUAUGCUCACCUGCACCAAAGUUGUUGUUGUUUUCUUUGUCUUAAAUAUGUGUUUGUGUGGCAGAGAGACUGAGCUAUGAGUGGCUCCAAUCUGAUUUUAUGCAGUUCAAAACUUCAACCAGUUAUUGUUCAUCCACUAAUUCAGUGAUUACAUGUUGAGUUUGGCUGGAUUUACACACACCUCCAAAAAAUGUUUCAUAAUGUAUGUGCACAUAUGCAAAACGUUUUUACUUCAGUUUAAAAGGACGGAAUUUGAUCAGAUUGUUGAGACAAUAUCGGAUACGGACGCGAUAAGGUCACAAUUGAGAAGCUGCAACCAUCGAUUAUUUGGCAUUUUUGCUUGAAAAACUACUUAUUGUUAAAGUUGUACUCUUUAGCACUCAAAUACAAGCAAUCAAAAUGUAUGUUGCUGGGAAAAAAAAAAAGCUAAACAAAAAUAUGACGUAGUUUCAAGUAGUCAAAUCUGGAGUCUUGCCACAGAGACGUAUGGAAAGCCUCCAUGAAAUACAAAAACAUAAAUGAUUUGGCCUCUUGAGUUGUUAAGUGUAAGUCCAGUCAAACCUGAACUGACAUAUCAUUUGUUUACUGUGCAUAAAAAUAAAAGUAUUCAUGGUGAAAAAUA